UCUGAUAAAAAAAAACAAGGAAAAUAAAAUCCCUUGCUUACGUGGCACAUUCCAAGCUUCUCACAUCCAUAAAUAGAAGAGUUUUCAGAACAGACCAAAAAGCUUCACUCUGUAAUCCAAUGGCGGAAUUGAACCCAAUCUCACUCCCAAGCCUCUGUAGCCGCACCAACUUCUCUUCCUCUCCCGCUGUCGUCUCCUUCCGAUCGUUCAAUAUCGCCGCCAAUUGUUCUAACGAGAACACAAGCAUCAGCAGAAGAAUAGGGUUAGGAUUAGGGCUGGGAUUGACAGGUUCAAUGGCGGUGGGAGCGGCAAAUGCUUUGGAUCUGAAAUUGAUCGCGCCGGGCCAGAGCUUCGAGGAGGCGGAGAGCGGAAUCAGAGGCCACGCGGAGGCGCUUUUGGAGGUGAGAGGUUUGAUUGAAUCGGAGGCUUGGAAGGAGGCUCAGAAGAGGUUGAGAAGCAGUUCGCCGCCGCUGAAACAGGAUCUACAUACUAUAAUUGAAUACAAACCGCCGGCUGAGCGGCCUCCUCUAAGGAAACUUUACUCUCUUCUCUUCAACAAUAUUACACGAAUGGAUUAUGCAGCGAGAGACAGAGAUGCAGAACGAGUUUGGGAAUGCUACGGUAACAUUGUGAUGGCCAUUUCUGACAUUUUGUCCAGAAUUUAGAAACACAAAUAACAACUCUCAACCCAAUGAAAUCUGCUAUCCAAUUCCCUAUGAGUCCAAUAUAAAUUUUGACUUUUCGUUCGAAAUGCUAUCAAUUUAUUCCUUAUUGACAUUA